UCCGUGGACCCGGAGGAUGUUUUCCUUUAUUUGAUCGCCUUCUUCUUCCCUCCAUUGCCAGUGGCUAUAAGAUCAGGGUUUUGGACCAAGCAAGUUUUAUUAAAUGUUUUAUUGACCAUGAUGUUUGGUCUUCCAGGGACUCUACACUCUAUCUACAUCAUUUACGUAACAAGU